GUCUGCUGCGUGCCGUCGCCUGUGGGCUCCCCUUAGAGGAAGAAGAAAAAGUGAUGCAAACGCGAUGCCAGUCAUGAAGCGGUGCAGCGGGGAGGAGGAUUCCCAUCACACCAAGAUGGCGGCGAGGCGCACAGCCGGCACGGUAGCGCGCUGAGAGACAGGGGACAGACACAGGGAGACACAUUGUCAUUGCUUAUCUUCUGGUCAUCACUGACAUGGACCAGUGUUAAGGAGGGACUCAUCGACACAAGGCGUCCGAGGACUGAUUUCAUCUUGCACGAGGUGUGUGCGUCGGGCGGGGAUGGGACAGGAUGAUGGAGGACAAAGGCCCCCGUGUUGCCGACUACUUCGUCGUGGCCGGUCUGACCGACUCGUCCACGCCGCUGGAGCAGGAGCUCCGCUUCGACGACGCCUGCCACAAGACGGCCAAGGCCCGGGCGCCCAUCACGGACGUGGCGGUGGUGGUGCGCUCCCUCGGUGAGGAGGUGCCGGCGGGCUUCGCCUGCGUGGAGACCACGCCCACGGGGCUCUCGGCCGACCUGAACAGCGGCGGCAUCAUGGCGCCGCAGAUCUUCCUCUGCUACCGGCGAGGCCGCGACAAACCGCCGCUCACCGACCUGGGGGUGCUGUACGAGUGGAAGGAGCGGCUGAAGCCGGGCUGCCACCUCAUCCAGACCACGCCCUACGGCCGGCCGGCCAACAUCAGCAGCACCUCGUCGCAGCGCAUCUACGUCACGUACCGCCGCGCCACCGACGGCCAGCCGCACGCCGCCCUGGCCGUCACCGACAUCUGCAUCAUCGUGCCGGCCAAGGGCGAGACGCCGCCGCACACCUUCUGCAGGGUGGACAAGAACCUCAACAGCAGCAUGUGGGGAUCCGCUGUAUAUCUGUGUUACAAGAAAUCAGUCGCAAAGACCAACAUGAUCGCCUACAAAGCAGGUUUGUUCAGCCGGUACCCGGAGGAAGACUACGAGUCCUUCCCUCUGCCAGAGUCGGUGCCCCUCUUCUGCCUGCCCAUGGGGGCCACGAUGGAGUGCUGGCCCGCCCACACCAAGUACUCCAUGCCCGUCUUCUCCACGUUUGUGCUGACCGGCGCAUCCGGAGAGAAGGUCUACGGCGCCGCCAUCCAGUUCUACGAGCCCUACCCCGAGGAGUGUCUUACCGACCAGCAGCACUCCCAGCUGGGCCUGCUGGCCCUGCGCCCGCCCCCCAAGCCCCCCGCGGACCCCGAGGGCCCGGACGCAGCGGGCCCCGAGGCCUCGCCGUCCACCACCGUCACCGCCACCGCCGCCACCGCCGCCACCACCACCACCACCGCCAUCACCGCCGUCACGGUCCACACCAACAAGUGCAUCUGCCUCCUCUCCCACUGGCCCUUCUUCGACGCCUUCCGCAAGUUCCUCACAUUCCUGUACCGCUACUCCAUCUCCGGGCCGCACGCCCUGCCCAUCGAGAAACACAUCUCCCACUUCAUGCACAAAGUCCCCUUCCCGUCCUCCCAGCGGCCACGCAUCCUGGUGCAGCUCUCUCCUCACGACAGCAUGAUGCUGAGCCAGCCCGUCUCCUCGCCGCUCCCGCUGAGCGGGGGCCGGUUCUCCACGCUGCUGCAGAACCUGGGGCCGGAGAACGCCGUGACCCUGCUGGUGUUCGCCGUGACGGAGCAUAAGAUCCUGGUUCACUCGCUGCGCCCCGCCGUGGUGACCAGCGUCACCGAGGCCCUGGUGUCGAUGAUCUUCCCGUUCCACUGGGCGUGCCCGUACAUCCCCCUGUGCCCGCUGGCGCUGGCCGACGUGCUGAGCGCGCCCUGCCCCUUCAUCGUGGGCGUGGACUCCCGCUACUUCGACCUCUACGACCCGCCGCCCGACGUCAGCUGUGUGGACCUGGACACCAACACCAUAUUCCAUAACGAAGACAAGCGGGCCCUCACGUGGAAGAUCCUGCCAAAGAAAGCCUGCAAGAACCUGAUGAAUGUGCUGAGCAACCUGCAUCAGCAGCUGGUCGAGGGCCAGCAGCGUCCCGACGGGCUGCUGGAGCCCAGCCUGUCGGACUCGUCGGAGCUGAGCUGCGGGAAGACGCUGCACGCGCUGGAGCUGGAGAUCCAGGAGGCCUUCCUGCGCUUCAUGGCCGCCAUCCUGAAGGGCUACCGCGCCUUCCUGCGGCCCAUCACGCAGGCGCCGUCGGAGAAGGCCACGGACGCCAGCUCUCUCUUCGACCUGCAGGGCUUCCUGCGCAGCCGGGACCGCUCCCACCAGAAGCUGUACUCCCUGAUGACCAAGACCCAGAUGUUCAUCCGCUUCAUCGAGGAGUGCUCCUUCGUCAGCGACAAGGACGCCAGCCUGGCCUUCUUCGACGACUGCGUGGACAAGCUCUACAACUCUGAGCGCAGUGCAGACAAAAGUGGCAAGAUGGACAGCGAUAGGCCGGAGGAGGCCAGAUUGAUUGAGUUCGACGAAUCACAGCGCAGCGAGCACACGGUGUUCAUCACGCCCCCGGAGCUGCCCUCUCUGACGGAAGGGGAGGAGCAUCUUCUCUGCUACAGGUACGACGGCUUCCCGGUGCUGAGCCAGGAGCUCUUCGACCCGGUGGAGGGUCUCUGGACCCCCGCCUCCCGCCUGGCCGCCCGGCAGAGCUGCCCCACCAGCCCCGCCCCCAUGUUCAGACGCACCAAGCAGGAGAUCCGGUCGGCGCAGAAGAUCGCCAAGAAGUACUCGUCCAUCCCCCAGAUGUGGUCCAAGUGCCUGCUGCGCCACUGCUACGGCCUGUGGUUCAUCUGCCUGCCCGCCUACGUCAAGGCCUGCCACUCCAAGGUGCGGGCGCUGCGCUCGGCCUACGACGUGCUGCGCAAGAUGCAGACCAAGAAGCUGCAGCCCCCCGACGAGGUGUGCUACCGGGUGCUGAUGCAGCUGUGCGGGCAGUACGGCCAGCCCGUCCUGGCCGUCAGGGUCCUGUUUGAGAUGAAGAAGGCGGGAGUCCAGCCCAACGCCAUCACGUACGGAUACUACAACAAGGCCGUGUUGGAGAGCACCUGGCCCUCCAGCACCCGAGGGGGCUACUUCCUGUGGAUGAAGCUGAGGAACGUGUUGCUGGGCGUGGCCCAGUUCAAACAGGCGCUGCGGAGACCCGCCCCCUUCACCCAGAGCCCCCUCUCAGAUGCCAGCGACCUGGACGCCGUCAGCCACGGCAGCCUGGAUAGCUCUGCCGACGCUAACGCGGCCGAGCGCGGCCCCUACGCCUCCGGCUCAGUCAAAGUAGACCACGCUGACGAUAGGUCUAGCACAGGGGACCAAUCAGACCUGGGCUACAACUCCCUGACCAAAGAGGAGGUGCGCCGGGGCGCCCCGGGGGGCCAGGACUCCGCCCCCGCUGGCCCGGACUCCGCCCCCGAUAAGGACGAGGACAAGAAGGAGAGCGACAGCAGUUCCCUCUCCGAGACGGAGAGCGCCAAGGGCAGCGGGGACAGCCUGCCCCAGCUGGUCGUCCAGGGCAACGCCCCCUUCAUGUCGCGCGGCAUCGUCCGUGGCAACUGUUCCUAUGACGACGUGGCCUGUAAGCCCAAGGGCUCCGUCUCGGCCGACCACGUGGCUGGCCUGCUCUUCACCUCGUCCCUGGGGGAGAUCGGCGAGGUGCAGCCUCGCGGGCGGCUGCGCCGUCACCACAGCGCCCUGGAGGAGGAGACGGGUCGGCUGAGCGGGGACCCGGCGGGGAGCAGCUGCGGCAGCGGCAGCACCGUGCUGGGCCUGGCCAUGACCCAGGGCGGGGAGACCGACCCCGAGAAGAUCGCCGGGCAUCUCGGCGCCGACGCCAAGAUCCUCUCCGCCGCCAACCUGGCCCGGAGCGGCCCGCGGCCGCGGUCUCUGGCGCUGGGCGGGCCGGACGCCGGGGGCGGGGCCGGACGCCGCGGCGACAUGGCGGAGCGCGACGAGGCGGCGGAGGAGGACGGGGACUCGAGCGACGACGAGAAGUGCGCCGCGGACGCCAUCUUCGACCUGGAGGACCUGGACCUGGACGAGCCGCCGCCGCCGUCGGAGGGGGCGGACGCCGCCCGGCGCGCGUCCGACGUCUGCUGCGAGAGAGGCGGCGCCAGGGGGACGGUGAAGCGCACGGGCAUCGAGGCGGGCUACGACCCGCUGUCCCUGCUGGCGGCCCAGUCCGAGGCGCGGGCCGAGACCCAGUCCCUGUCCCCGCCCCCGGAGCGCUACCCGGACCCGGACGAGGUCGGCACCCCCCGCGGCCGCCGGCACCUGGCCCGCGAGAUCGAGCUCUACAUGGACCACAUGGGCAGUCCGCUGAGCAGCCGGGCACCCAGCCUGGACCUGCAGGACCCCGCCAGCCCCCUGCUCCUCCUGCAGCCCCACUCCUCCUCCUCCACCCGCUCCUCCUCCUCCACCUCCCUGGCCGUGCCCCGUCGGGCCAGCCUGCCCCAUGGCUCGUCCCCGCUCCGGACGGGGGGGGGGGGGUUGCCGCGCUCGCGCACCUGCCACCCGCCGCCGUCGCCCUCGGAGCCCGUCCCGCGGCAACGCCGCCGCUCCUCGCCGCCGCCGUGCCGUAGCUCCAGCGCCACGCCCACGCCCAGCCCCUCCCGGGAGCGGGGGGCCGCGGAGCCCUACGGCCGCGGCCUGGCCUCGCCCUCGCCCUCGUCCUCGUCCUUCGCCCUGGACUCCCUGCUCACGCCCACGCUGGACGGCUUCAAGAGCAGCGUGGUGUCGGCCGGGAAGGGCGUGGCCGAGAAGGCCAGCCGCUGGUACUCGCGCCUGGCCACCUACACCACCCCCACCAAGGACGGGCACAGCGACCGUCUGAGCGUGUCCUCGCUGGGCGUGGGCGACCUGGACUCCUCGCUGGACGAGGCGGGGGGCUGCGAGGGCGACGGCCCCCUGCUCUCCCCCCACAGGGGCCUUCCGCCGGGCCCCUACCGGAGCCCCCGCCGGAGCCCGCUCUGCGCCCGGCUGGGAAGCCCCCCACACGGCGCUGCGCUCUCUCCCUCCGGCUUCCCGCUCGGGGACAAGUCGGACGUGGACUCCUCGCGCUACACCAGCAACAGCAGCAUCUUCAGCAACUACGCCCUGGAGCUGCUGAUCUCCAGCUGUUCGCGCUGCAAGACGUGCGACUGCCUGGUGUACGACGAGGAGAUCAUGGCUGGCUGGACGGCCGACGACUCCAACCUCAACACCACCUGCCCCUUCUGCGGAAACCCCUUCCUGCCCUUCCUCAACGUGGAGAUCCGGGACCUGCGUGGGCCCGGCCGGCCCUUCCUAAAGAGCAGCCCCUCCUGGGACGAUGGGGCAAGCUCCUCCUACUCUGUGUCCACGGGUAUGGACACCGGGACCUCCAGUCUCUCCACCCCCUGUCACCCCUACCCAAAGUUCCCCGUGCAGGAGCGCAGCGCAGGGAACGCAAGCACCCGGGCCCCCCAGGCCCAGAGCGUGGACAUCCCCUCGGAGGCCCGGCCCGACCCCCUGACCCCAGGGGCCGCCAUGGCCCGCAGCGUCAGCGCCUUGGGCCCCAUGGAGGAGGCCCCCGCCCGGCUGAACCACGGCAUGCCCACCUCGGGGAGCCUGCCCAGCCGCCUCAACAAGGCCACGGACCCCCUGAGCACGGAGUGGCGCCUGCACCACCCCGAGCCGGUGACGGUGCCCUACCUCAGCCCGCUGGUGCUGUGGAAGGAGCUGGAGAGCCUGCUGGAGAACGAGGGCGAGGGGGUGGUGGCGGCGGCCGAGCUGGUGGACCAGCACCCCAUCAUCUACUGGAACCUGCUGUGGUACUUCAGACGGCUGGACCUGCCUAGCAACCUGCCGGGCCUGUGCCUGACGUCGGAGCACUGCAACAGGGACGCGCAGAUCCCUCGUCAUUGGAUGUCUGAGGACAGUAAGCAUGUUCUGAUCCAGAUCCUGUGGGACAACCUGAAGCUCCACCAGGACCCUGUCCAGCCCUUCUACAUCCUCUGGAACACACACAACGUGGGCUACCCGCUGUCCCGGGCACUGCGGGCCGAGGAGCGCCCCUUCAACGAGGAGCUGCUGCAGCUGGUGGUGAGGAGCAUCCAGAGGAACGACCUCACCCGGCCCAUGGCCAAGCUGCUGCAGCUGCUGGCCCAGACGCAGGGGGUCACGAGGCAAAGGAGUUUAUAUCGGGACAUCCUGUUCCUCUCUCUGGUGGCACUAGGAAAAGACAACAUUGAUAUCGACGCCUUCGAUCGGGAAUACAAGAUGGCGUACGACCGCCUCCCCCCCAACCUGGUGAAACUGACCCAUAACUGUGACCGGCCCCCCAGCACGGGGGUCAUGGAGUGUCGCCGGACGUUCGGGGAGCCCUACCUUUAAAGAAAAAGAUGUGUGUUUUAAAGAGAGAAACCUUCCAUGUCCCCCCUUAAGACCAGCUCAGGAACAAACCGUCUGAAUACUGUGAACGCAGCGGCCCGCGUCGGUGUUUCGGUCUGCGACGCAUCGGAGUCGACAACGGGAAGGCGAGGGAAGGCGAAUGGCGCCCGCUGACACCAAAAAGAGGAGCUUUGUGUGUUUCAUCUCGGCAGUGGUCCGACGGAGCGAUGUAGCGCCCUUUACACGCGACGUUAACGGCUUGAUGUCUUUUCUUUCAAACUAUUGUGUUAGAGAAUCGGUACUGUAUUAUACACUCUACAUACCUGUAGGAUUUAGAACAAACGAAAAAUGUAACGUUUAUAUUGUAUAGUCCAAAAAAUAUAUACUUAUAGCGUUAGCAAUAUUUUACCGAACUUGAAUUCUAUUUAUACAAAGUACGCUUUAUUUAUUGUUAGUCUGUGUUGGCAGGCGCCUCGCUUUCGGGCGGGGCCUUGGGUCCUCUGAGAUUAGUUUAGGGUCGGAGCAGCACGGCAUGCUGGGAAAUGGUUUCGGACUCGUUACACACUUUGGUUCGCUGAGGGCAAACCGCAAACAUCUCAGUAUCUCUCGAAGCUGGCAGAAAUGAUGGCCCGUUAAUCACAGCCUGUCCAGACACAAGGAGGACUUUGUUACAGUGCUGUGUUGUUAUAGGAGAGUGUGAUAGGAAUAGGGUCAAUGUUUAAAGCCCCUUGGUAUGUUUUUAAUCUGCCUUCAGUGUUAGACACGUAUGUCGAUAGCGGUCCCCCACAGCGGCUACGGUACAACUACCUUUUUAAUCCUAAUCCUUUAAAAGUUGUUUACAAAAACUUUAUUUAAAUCAUGUAUUCUCAUACUAUGCACAUGUAUGUUUUUUUUUUGUUUUGUUUUUUUUAUAUGAUUUGCUUUGGGGUCACCAGUGGAAUAACUCGCUGUUUUUUGCAGCCGUCAAAAAUGUCAGUAUUAUCGUUGGUUGUCGUGUAAUGUUUAUAUUAUGUUUUUUGUCUGCGAUGAAAAGAGAAGGGAUCUCAGCCUUGCUGGAAAACUGCGAUGGUCUGGAUGUCAGAGAGAGGGCCUGGGCACACAAACCUAGUAUAUUCAGCGGCGUAACCGAAUACAGUGCAGCUUGUUUAUCAAUUCAAUACAAGAAGUUUAAAUGACACGUGAUUUGAUUAUUAUGUACAACGAAGUGCUGCUGCAGUCUGCUGCACAAAGAGAGCCCUACACGCAGGAGUCGCUGCUAGACAAUUGAGUCACAAGAUGAGCUUCUCUGUACGAGGACAACAAUAAGAUUAGUCUUUUGAUCGAUGUUUUGAAUCACUAGUCCACUCUAAUUUUAUAUUUUUGUAUCGAAUGGAAACAGCCCCACAGUUUAAGCAUUGAGCAAAACAAACAUUAUAAUUCUUCUAAUCACUUUACGAUCGCGAUCAGAUAGCAAGAUCUCAGAUGUGUGCCUUGCUGGCAGGGAUUCUGCUCCCGUCGCUCAGACAGACAAAGAAGCUGUUAAAGAGGUACGACUGCCGCAUGGUGUAGAUGAAGUCACUUUAAGAUGACAUCAAUGGUAAUGGCUAUCGAUUCUAUAACCACAAAAUGGCUCUCGUUCAGGAGGGCCCCCCUGUGUGUGAUAACGCCCCCGCCGGCCCUUAACUCGGUUUAGGGAGAUGGAUGGAUGGCUUGAUGCACAACGGAGGGGUUUAAAGCUGCUGUUGGAAUUUGAGAGUUGCAAAGAGACAGAUGAGGGACAGAUUAGGAAAAUAUACGCCCCCUUCCUUCAGGCACCUGUGUUGGAGCUGUGUUAAUGCAAUGCUGGGUGUGUGCCUGUGAUUGACAGCCAAGAUUGAUUCUCCAAACCAAUCGGGGAUGAGAGGCUGUGAUUGGUCAGAAAAGAUCCGUGAGCGUCCUAAAAUCAAUAUUGUAUCAAACAGAGUAAGGCAGUGCCGUCAGCCAGAAAAUAUAUUCUCAAAGAGUAUUUCAUUCAUUAAACGCUGACGGAUUGCGCUGGCAUUUGUAAUAAACGAUACAAAAACUAAGCUCUCAACUCUCACCUACAGCACCUUUUGAGGCAGGGGUUACCAACACAGUGCCCGCAGGCCUGUUGUAUACAUAGCACAACUCAUUCUUUAACAACUCUUUCCCACCUUUUUUAAGUCAUUGUUGAUAAUUAUUGUGAGAAAUCAUUAACAUGAUCAGUGUCUUCACAUAGAUGAGUAUCAUUAAUAUAACUAAAGGCAAACUGAGCAAAUUUGUUAUUUGAGAAGAGUAUCAAACUGGGUGCCCUUCGUAUGACUCAGUACCCAUGAAGUAGCUCUCAGGUUCAAAAAGGUUGGUGACCCCUGUUUUAAGAAUAUACUCAAACACUUUACCAAAGGGGAACGUUGAGUGAAAGGUUAUGACGUCUGGGAAAAGCAACAGGUUUUGCUGAAACGGGUGAAACAUUGCAGUCUUAUGGUUCUGCUGGCACUUGAUUGGUUUGCUUCCACUUUGUAUUUGCUUCCAUUUUAUAUUUGCCAUUUGGCCGUCACUAACCACUCAUCUGCGACACGAUCAGUCGUGAUAUUUGCCCUUGCGUUCAAAUGGAUGGUUUGAAAUGAGAUGUAAAGCCCAACCACUACGCCAGCAGAAACUCUGGGAAACUGAUUGUGUUCUUUUGACCAAAGCUGGAAAAUGUUAUAUGAUGUAUUAGGUAUAAAUAUAUCUAUUUUUUAAAAGCUUUAUAUAUGCUGAUGUUGCAUGUUUGUGUAGAUAUGCAUUUACAUUUUCUUCAUUUUUAUUAUACUACAAAAUGUGUAAAUAGUCUCUAUAUAAUAAUAUAGACUAUUUGCUUACCAAUAUUUGUACAUCAUAUUUUUACCACUUAAACCCUAUGUAGUUAACUUGUAGGUUCAAUGUCUGAUGAUGUAAAGAAAAUGUGAUGGCUUUCACAGUUUUUUACUACAAGAAGUGCCCGAAUGACUUUCUUAAGUCCCACCACAAUGGACUAGUUUUACUUUAAAAACAUCUAGUCACACAAUUUCAUAGUAUAAGUGGGUGUUCACAUUUGUUAAAAUAGUUGUUCUUGAACAAUAUACUGACACCUAAUGUCAGGCAGGUAAACCUAUAUUACCCAGAAAAUGUUAAGGCAACAUGUCCAUCGACAUGUGUGUCUCUGUUAAGACUACAAACAAUUGUGAUGCCCAUCUCACUCAAGUCUCAAUUACUCAAAACACUAUUAUUUUUUAUUUUUUUUACAUAUCAAGUUUUGUUUUCCUUUGGUCCCGAUUAUUUGUAUGCUGCUUUAAUCAAUAUUCCUUACACAUCACCAAGUUUUCAGUGUUGUAACUCUAGCAAAACAUCUUUUGAUGUUGACUUAACAGAAUUGAUUAUUAAUCACUUUGAAGUUGGUAUAGCCUGCAUUGGCAAAAGAUUUAACGACCGAUUUGAUUUUAAUCUUUAGUACUACAUGGCUUAUACCCUGAUGCUCUAACAAACUUGUUCAUGCUGUUUGUGUAUCCUGAAUUCUAAGUUUGUGCUAUUUGGAAAAAAGGGUCACUUUUCACGUCUUGGGUACAAACUAGGUAUAUAAAAGGGAAAAUGUAUUUAAUUUGGGUCUGGCUGUUGUCAAAGAAUACGUGCUUUGACUGUUAAUCUCGUUUUAAAAACAGAUAUGACAUGUUGUCCUUCCUUUGUUGCACCAAGCUGGUUGGGUGAGGAUUCCUUGCCACAGAGGUGUCUCAUGAUCCUGGCCAUGCUAAUGGACCUGAUCUGAACAGGGUCUCCGAGUUGUCCAACUGUGAUGUGAUGGCAAAAGUUGUUUGUCAUCCAGCAACACAUUCGGUGUAUAUGUGGAACCAAUUGUACAGAAGUUUCACCCGAAGGUCGGACCUGUCCCAAUGUAUAGAGCUAGUUUAGUCUUUAUCGUCUUUAGACAGUGAAAGAUUGAAAAACAGAAAAGCUCCUAUAAACAUGGUGCGAUUCUUCACCAUGUCGUGUUCAUAACUCUGUAAAUAAAUCAACUUAUACUGUAA